GUCGUCGAGUCGCCAGUUGCUAGUUUGCCGUGAGCGCUCGUUACGCGAGGACGUUCUGUGAACAAAGCAGCGAGCCCCGGAGCAGCAGUCUCCCAACGACUCCCGCUGCGAACGACACACAGGAAACGAGCGUGCAAGCAGGCAACGAUUGCUGCGCGAACGGAUCUUUUUUCCGAACAAACGAUCUCUCGGAAAAACCAGACGAGAGUCGGCGCCUACCAGUGCGAGAGCCCUUUUUCCUGUCACAACAGACGUGCGUCAUUUUGAUCCCCGAAAACGUGGAUCGUCCGUUUAAACUUUAAAGCUCAUUGACUGUGGUGCGCAAAAAAAAGAGACAAAUCGUCGAACUGAAGUUGGAAAAUCGGUCAACGUCUGUCCGAGCGGAAUGCUCCGAAGUUCGGAACGCGAAUCACCAGCUGAUCGUGAAACCGUUUUACCGGUUUAAUGACUGAUACUUUGUGGGACUUGUUUCGGGCGCGAUUAUCGCGUCGUGACGUCGAUACACGGGAGGGAGAGAGACAGCGAUAAAGACAGCUGAGAAGACCCCGCGUGAAGGAGACGGAAGGAGCGAAGGAAGGAAGAAAGAACCCCCGGGAUCUAACGUACGGAGGAGAGCGAGCUAGUUUCGUUUUCCAAGUGCACGGAUACUCUUCCGGUCAUUCCGGUUGCGCGCGACGCCUGUUUUAAUCUCGCGCGGCGCCGACACCUGCUACCGUGACAACCAACUGCGCGGGAGGUUUUGUCGCGCGGACAACUUUCGUGGCGCCGCUGUGUGCCGUGUGCGCGGUGUGCGCGGCGGGGUGACAGCUUAAAGUUCGCACGAAGCGCGAGGUGGGACGGAGUGCGCGGGCGCGCGCGCGUGCGACAUAAAGGAACAAAACAGAGAGAGAGAGAGACACAAAACUCGCUCCGAGAAAGUUUACUCGCGACGUGCCGGUCGCUCCGGAAAGAACACCUCAUUCUUUUUACCGCUCGCUCCGCGUGCCGCCGAGGAAAUCGUCGAGCGGAAGCGACGAAAGGAGGCAACGUAGAAGGAAGAACGGGAGAAAGAGAACAGGAGCACUCGUCACCGCGUGCGCUCGCCUAUCGUUCAUUGUCAACCCCCGCGUCACUUCUUCCCUCUCCCCCGCCUUUGUAUCCCUCGUGAUCGUCGCUGUGCCUUCGGGUUGACGCUUAUGGCUCGCCAGUAGGAGGGAAAAACAGGCGGAAGAGCGAAGGACAGAGAGACAGCAGGAGACAGGAGGACAGAGGCGGACGGACAGUCGGAUAGAGACCGGCCAGGCAGAUAUUUCCCGCUCCGCCGAGGGGGGCAGAGAGGGCACCCCGGAGAACUGAAUAUGUCCGCCAAGCGAAAGGCCACUGCCAUCAUGCAGCACCACAAGGUAAGUUGGAAUUCCAAAAAACAAAGAGAUACAGCUUCCGUGUUACUGUCCCAAACAAAGGAGAACAUCUCGACCCCGGAGCCCACCGACAUAUCCGAGGACGAUCACUACCCAAGCGCGCUCAUGAAAGAUCCGGAUAAGCUGAAGCUGAUGCUGCUCGCUUGGAAUUAUAAUAUCCAAGUACAGGCGCAGGCAGCGCAGGCCCAGGCUGCCAACGCGGCUCUCUCGCCAAAUAAUUCAUCGACUACCACGGCUACCACCGUGGGCACACCAGUCACCAGCCAAUCGGCCAUUUCCACGGCAAACAACACCAUUAACAACUCCACACUUACAGAUUCCCGAAACGGUUCCUCGGAAUUGGUGGACAUGCCAGCGGGAAUUGUUCCGAAUCUAAGUGCCGUGGCGGGCGUCGGUGGCGAGGACAUGGCUUCCAUAUGGGCAUCUUACGCCAUGGGUUUUAAGAAAACGCCGCCACCAGCAUCGGCGGCAACGCCCUCGCGGUCGGAUCGCGAUCGGGAGUCCAGUCCGCCCGGGGAGGGGACGGGAAGCGCCCACGAUGAGACUAGCAGUAGCGGCAACAAGGAAGAUGAGGACGACGAUGAUAUAGACGCGGACGAGGGACUGGAUCCACGACACCACGAUCCCGAACGUCUCAAGGCGUUCAACAUGUUCGUGAGGCUGUUCGUCGACGAAAACCUGGACCGCAUCGUGCCGAUCUCGAAGCAGCCGAAGGAGAAGAUACAGGCGAUUAUCGAUAGUUGCACAAGACAGUUUCCCGAGUUUGCUGAAAGGGCCAGGAAGAGGAUCCGAACGUACUUGAAGAGCUGUCGGAGAAACAAACGUGGCAGGGAAGGCCCUUGGGACGCCGCCAGACCCACGCCGGCACACUUGACCUCCGUGCAGGCCGAGCAGAUUCUGGCAACGGCCUGCGAAAACGAGAGCGAGAACGCGAAACGCAUGAGAAUCGGUCUGGAGCCGGUGUCGCAGCCUAUGCCAACUCUUCCGGCCGCAACGCAAACGGACGUUCGAUCAAGUUUGGAGCACUUCUCGAGCACACCGGUUAAAUCACAUUCGUGUGGAAAGAGGGAGGACACCCCACCAGCAUCGUUAACGUCCCUGGCACCGUUGACCAGUUUGGCGAACUUACCGAACAACACCAUUUCAACCACGCCGCUGUCGAUCGCAUCCGCGUCAAAGCUGCUCACAACAGACAACAAGAGUCUCAUGAGCCAAUCGACGAUAGUCAGUUCGACGGUGAAUGGUGUCGCCAGUGGCGGUGCACCGACGAUGUACAGACCCAACUUCAGCCAAGCGUUCCAGCGUGCUGGGCCCACAACGGUACCGCCGACCCUCUCGGCCGGGCUAUAUCCUACUCAAAGUUUUACGUCGAGUCUACUAAGCAACGGUAUACAAAGACCGACGGAUCUUAGCAUGAAGAACCCACCAAAGCCUGCUCUGUUAAGUCACAAACUGAACUCGAUGGAAUUGACCGCGGUGAAGCAGCUGAUAGGCGGAUACCGAGAAUCAGCCGCCUUUCUGCUCAGAUCUGCCGACGAGCUGGAGCAACUGUUGCUCCAUCAACCAUAGAGUUACGUUUACUUGGCCAGCGUUCGACAGCUUGGCUCGUAGUCACAACGAUCGACGAGAAAGCGACGCGAGUUGAUGCAGCGCCUGUAUGAGCACCCGGGAGUAACGUCGGAGUCAGCAUGGACCUCCUUCUUUCAAGGCUGUUUACACCGCUACUCUGUCGGCAACUCUGCCGUGGCUCGAACACGAACUUAUCUUUUGCUGAAAAACGGUCCUCUUGGGCGAACUGAAUUGCAUUCGAUCCGACAGCAAAACAAGAGUGCAAGAUUACAGAUUUAGAUGACAAAAUUUUUAAUUGACGAAACAUAGUUUGAGAAAAUAAUUUGAGAAAUUUAAUUGGAAAAAUUUAAUUAAAGUUACUUUAACGUAGAUUAUUUUCGACGUAAGUCGAGAGGCUAUAUAAUCGCGACGAAAAAUUCAUAUUAAAAAGUCCGAUUGUUAUACGGAUUCAUCGUCAGACAUUGUUUGGUUUUGACGCAAAAAAAAAAAAAACAAAAGAGUUCCAUAUACAUAUAUAAUGAAUAAUUGUAAAUUUCAUUAUGCGCGUCGUCGCGAUUUCUAGAAUAUUUUUAAUUUUAGGAUUAAGGAAACUAUUCGAACAGGGUGUACAUAGAAAAUAUUUACUUAAUUAUCGAUAAGCUUAAAGGAUGAUGCGACAAGCUAAGAUGUGUGCGCUAGUGUAAGAAAGAAAGUUGAAAAUGGAAGAAGCUUGCGGUUGACGAUGAAAGUCAUUCGGAAGCGUGCGCUAUUUUCUAACGAGGAUGAAAAAGUUCCGCAACCUCUUCUUUACGGUCGGAAGACGCGCUUGCAUUUUUUCCUACUCUGAUACUUCAGAUAAGCUUUGAAAAACCGUUUGAGAGCUCCAUAAAUCUACUGUAUAUUCAACCGUUUCGAUGACAGCCGACAAAAAAGCUAUCGCGUUCUUACACGAGACGGUAACUUCGCUAAUCUGUUUGUUGUCGUUAUGUACAUAUGACGUAAAUGAUAUAUGAUGAGAAUAGUUAUUCUCGUGCGUGAGGAAGCACGCUUAAUUCAUCGCGGAAUCGCGUCAUUUACUUCGAGAGUGGCAAGUAUAGACACGCAUGAAGAAGCGAUUCGGAAAUUAAUGUGAUAAAAAUUCGAAUUCUAAAGGAUUUUAUCAAAAUUAUUCAUUUCUGGCCACUUUUGGAGCAAAUGGUGGCUCACUAGGAUCUAGAUUUUACGACGGUCAUACGUGUAUAUAGAAAGAAAAUGCGCCCGCGCAUUUGAUACACGUGUACAUAAUAUGUAGGUCGUAAGACAAGAUGAAUUUUUUUAUUGGCGACGCGUCUGAGGCCUCGUCAGUGGAGAUUAAUUAGCUAAUCAAUUAACGAUAACUGUACAACGUCGUCGUAAUAUAGUUAGGCUAUAGUCGUUUUGGAAGCGGAGGAGCGUAGUGAUCGAGAGUAUAAUUUCGGGACCAUCUUGUCACGAUCGGACAAUACGUUGCAACCGUAUUCGUGGUCUCCGGACGCAUCACCGUGUUACCAAAGAACACUAAUUAUUAUGGGUAAUGUACGUACAGUACUACUUAAGGAUCGCGUUCUUCUUCUUCUUUCCGUUAUUCUUUUUAACUGACACUUCUUUCACAAAAGCGUGUAAUCAUUUUUCUCAUCGACUAAUCGAACAAAGAUAGAUAUAAAGGCUGCUAUAUGUGAAUCACGUGAUACCUAUACACGUCUCGCAUAUAUUAUGAGUUUAUCUAUUAUUCUUUUUAAUACCAUUAAUACUGACAUUUAUUAUCGUUAUGAUACAUUUAUUAUUAAUUUUAUCACUAUCAUUAUCACUACACCUUCGUUAUUACCGUCACUGAUACUGAUUGCGAAUCGAAGAAUCGCGAGAAGAUAGUACGCGAGGUAGUACGAAUAGUUUAUUCUGUUCUACAACGUCAUUUUCCACGGAAAGUUUCCGCUCGUUAAGUCUACUUCGUUGUUUUGUAUAUAGUUUAUAUGUAUACAAUUAUAAACGGAGCGCAUAUAAAUAUUGUAGAAAUUAAGUUGCUUAAGUAAUUAGGUACACAAAGAAGAGUAUAUAUAAAUGUAUAUGUAAAUGCAAAAUAUCUUUAUGCGAACGAUUGCUGAUUGCUGUCACCGUCGAACUCUAAGCGCAGAACAUUCCAGUGAAAGAAAAGCAAACAGAAAAGUAGAACAAAGAAAAGGAAAUGAACAAGAAAAACCUAGAGAAAGAAUUUUAUUAAAGAAGUAAAAUGGAAGAAAGAAAGAAAGAAAGUGUGUGUACAAGUAUGUAUGUAUGUGUGUGUGUGUGCGAGGGAGAAAGAGAAAGAAAUGUGUGCAUGUGUGUAUGUGUGCGCGCGAUCAUUGAACAUGCGCUCAUCGAAGAUUUUAUGGGAAUCACGACUUUCAUUGACCGACAAUAGUCGUACUUCCAUUUUCCUUUUCCGUUUGCGAGCAAAUGCGCCCGAUCGUCGCGCGCGAUCAAAAUCACAAAAAUGUUCGCGGCACUUUAGUGAGAGAGGAUCGAAUAAAGCGUUUCGUCAAUUGGAAACUAAUUCUUAUCAAUCAUUUAAAACUUCAAAUACUUGCAAAGAUGGUACACACGUCGCCGCCCUCCCCGCAAAUACAAUUUCUCGCCCGUAUAGUAUAAACGGACUCCGUCUCUUUAAUCAACACAGUGCAAUAGUGCUAUAGCGAUACCGUUGUUCUACCGUGUUAUUGUCAAUCGUCGUCACGAUCAUGCUUCUGUCAUGCACAUGACAUAUACAGAUAAUCACAGCUCAGCCAUCCUCCCUCUUUCGCGCUGUCCCCUUGGUUUCGAGCAGGCAUCACACUUCUUUAUGGAUAUUAGCCAGUUAUUGACAAGUUCAUAUCUUACUACUAGCAUCGUACAUCUAUACAUAAUUCACCUCAGAUGUUUGGGAGCCACACACAUUGUGAGGGCCGAGCUCCGUUUUGCGUACCACAUGUUUCUCCCUCCCCCUCGAAUCCGAUGACCAAUAAUGUUCACUGCGCGUUCUGCUAAUUGAUAAUAUGAUGACGAUAAUAUACCUCGAUGAAUCUAGGAUUUGCGAAUUCGUGAUAUUCAAGAAGAAUUCGUUGUAAAUAUUAUUUUCGACCAAGUGAGAAUCGAAUUCAAAUAAGAAUUGAUCCUGUCAUCGAUAAUUGUUGCUCUUUUCGCAACUCGACUGAUCCGAAAAACCUGAAUCUAUCGUACAUCCGGAAACACGGAGUAAAAGGAAAAGGGAAAGACGAAGGAGACGAGACAGAGGAGAAAUUUAUGGACCGAAGAAACAUGCGACACUACUCUGUUCUUCUUUCUUUUCCUACGUUCGAUAAAAAAAAAAAAGUAUCCGUCGUGUACCUUAAUUCGCCUACGCGGAAGUGCAGAUCUACUGUUCAUAUAUAGUCGCGAAUCGAUGUAUAUUGAUUAAAGAAAAAAAAAUAUGUAUUUGUUCCUAAAGAAAUAUUAAGAGUAGUAAUAUACCGUAAAAGAAUAUUAAUAUUAAUAUUAAUGAUAACGAUAAUUUGAUGGUACAUACUUUCUUAUAAGUAACAUUACACAUUACUACGAUUAUUGUAGAGUUGGUACGGUUCUUGAGGAUGCCUUGCCUGUAAAUGUAACAUAUGUUAAAUGAAAAAAAAAUCUUAUUAUCUUGUAAAUGUUUUACCAAAUAUAAUCGAUUAUUCAACUUA